AUGGCACAGCGCAACACCACUAGCGGCGAUGGUUCACCGGAUCGGAUCGCACGCUCUCGUUCGCGAGGUCGUGCUAACAUUGUUGGCGCCACCUCUAGCCAAAUAGCAAGAAGCAACAACCGGUCUUCAUCCAGAGCCAGUUUUCUCGGUCGAUCGCGUCGACGAACCUAUCAGAUCUAUGACGAGAAUGAUGCACUUCAAUCCAGCCAGCAGAGGUGGAGGAGUGAGUCGAGGACUGUCAGAGGAAGCUUCGAAGACGACGAUGAUUAUGUCUUCAUCCAUGACGAACAGCACAACGACGGCCGACAAUCACCUGUGAAAGUGCACGACAUCGACCCACAAUCUCAAAAACUAGCUUCGACUUUGGAAGAGGACUCGGCGUCGCGCUCGCAAGCAACCACACUCGGAAACGUUUCGGCGGUCGUACCAGCAACGCCAGUCGAUGUGCAAAAAGAUGCGCAUCCAACGAAUCAGCAGAGCGACGGCAAAAGCAAGGACAAAAACAAGGACAUUGAAGCUCAGAAAAAGCAUCCACCAAAACCAGUCUCUUGUCUGUCGCGCAUCCCCUAUCCCAUCGCACACUUCCUCGGCUACCGAAGAAAAUCGACUGAGAACCGCGCCCUCAUCCGACCUGUCGAGAAGCUUCCUCGCAAAUUCGAGACGCUCAUCUGGGCAUGGAUCGGUGCCGCGCUAGGUCUCGGCUUUGUCAUGGUCGCCUUCUCCCGCUGGGACCAGUUUGCCAUGUCGUCUAACGACCCCAUCACCGUGUGGACUACUCCGAUCAUCAUCGGCUCUUUCGGCGCUUCCAGCGUCAUCCUCUAUGGAACGCCUGCGUCUCCGCUUGGUCAACCGAAGGCCUUCCUUGGAGGUCAAUUCAUCUGCGCGCUCACCUCGGUCUGCAUCACGAAACUCUUCGAGCUUAACCGCAACUAUAACCCAGACCUUAUUGAUUCUUCACACAGCCUCGUUUGGGUAGCGGGAUCCAUAGCGACGGGAACAGCUUUAUGCAUCAUGAUCUUGACCGACACCGUACACCCACCAGGUGGUGCAACCGCGUUGUUGGCUGCCACAAGUCCACCUGUGAUUAAGCUCGGCUGGCAUUAUCUACCCGUCAUCCUGCUCUCGAGCGUCAUCAUGGUCGCUUGGGCUAUGGUCUGGAUGAAUCUCGGAAGGGCUAGAUACCCACAUUACUGGUUGUGGCCAGCUGGUCAUCCCAAUAACCAACGAGAUUUUAGAGUCAAGUUUCCAGGCUUUGGCAAGCCCAAGAAGAAUCGUCGUAGAAACAUGUCAUGA